GCAAAUUUUAUGACAUUUUUUCGUUCUGUAAUUUCAUUGUUCGCGACGAUCACUUCCGUCUGUAGUUCCAGUUCUAGUGUGGAGCCUUACGAACUCCCCAAAUUAUUACAAUCCAAAUUCUUUCUGUUAAAUUCAAGUGUUCAGCACAGAUGAUGAUGAGCAAUUUUGUUUUCCCACCAAGUAAAAGUUAACCUAGGCUUAUAAGGUGCCGAACUUUUACACUCUGGAGACAGUCGAAGCAUGACUCCAAAAUGGCAUUAUUUCCUUCGCUGAGGGAUGACAAAACAUGCCAGUUCCAUUGAAACUCAGAGACCCCUCUUUUUCGCCAGUUGUAUCCACAUCCAUGACUCUGCACGGGAAACCGCCAAAGUAUUCAUAUUCAUCUGGAUCUGAUUUCAAACCCAGAGGUUCAGGAGCCAUGUCCCGCAGUUCAAGUCUUCUUGCAUCCCACUCAAGGUCCUACAUUUCUCCAGCUCGCUCAGCAUAUUUUGGGCCAUCUAUCUUUGAUGAUGAUUCAUCUCGAGAUGGGAGUGAAUCAAGAGACACCUCAUUUGCAAGUUCGCCAUCUUACAACAGCUCUAGUUUGUCCCGCAACUUUUUAAGUGACAAAUCAAGCUCGAAAGAACUAGGCUCAUCGAAUAAUGCCUAUCGCAGGAGCUCUCCCAUUUCUGUCAAUUUUGACGUUAAUGAUUUCAUGAGCAAGUAUUCCCCGGAUAACUACGUACCAGGAACAUAUAGGUCCAAAGAAAAAGCCAGUUCCUCAUUCAAAUCUAAUAACUCCGACGAUUUGGAGGUCAGAGCAUCAAGGGCAGUCAUCCAGCCAAGGUAUCCUCAUUCGUUGGCUCCCAUGUCAUCCGCUCAUGAGAAUUUUUCAUCAUCAGCCAAUUUCAAUUCCAAUUCAACCCUGGAUCCUCUAGGGCCCAAAAUGAAAGCAAUGCAUUUAACAGACGAAAAUCACAACAUGGUUGGCUACAGUAUUACAAACGGAGAAGACAAAUGCUACUCAGACUUGGCCAACAGUGGAUCAAGGAAUAAAAAGUGUUACAAUUGCCCAAGUCCUGCCAAAGAUACAGCAGAAAGAGCUGUUGUCAAAGGCCUUCGGAAUGUCGGAAAUACGUGUUUCAUGAACUCAGUCUUGCAAUGUUUAAACCGAACCCCUCCACUAGUGUCGUACAUUCUAAAUCAUGAAUACAUCAAUGACCUCACCAAUUCUAAAUGUGCUGAUUUAUUUAGAGCUUUUGCAGAGCUGAUAGAGAAAAUGAAUGACAACAUUUCUCGGUCUCCAAUUUCUGCUCAGUCAUUCAAGAAUGAACUUCAGCAGUAUGCCAGACAGUUUGUCGGGCGCAACCAGCAUGAUGCUCAAGAAUUUUUACGAUAUCUUUUGCAAGGCUUGCAUGAAGCUAUCAAUCAGGGGCAGAAAAAAAUCACAUCAGCUAAAAACUUAGAUGAUUUAAGCGAAUCGGAAAAAGCGGAAGAGUCUUGGCGCCAAUACAAUAUUUUAGAACGAAGCAAAAUUAUUGACUUUUUUGUCGGUCAGAUGAAAUCUAGUCUGAAAUGCACUGUCUGCGACAAGUGCUCAAAUACCUAUGAAAUUUUUUGGGAUGUUUCCCUACCAUUACCUGAAUUGAGUAGCCGGACCACUUUACGAGAUUGCCUCACUGAAUUCACAAAAGAAGAAGUUCUAGAUGGGAAAAACAUGCCGGUAUGCGCUGGCUGCAAGAAACCAAGGAAAUGUACAAAGAGAUUCCAAUUCCAAAAACUACCCAAAAUAUUAGUACUUCACUUGAAACGAUUCACAAGCUAUACCUCUCCCACUUCAUCGUACCUGUCGAGUCGGUGGACGAGAUCUUCUGUCAAUGUCGAUUUUCCUAUGAAUCUUGACAUGACUGAAUUUGCAUCAACCAGGGAACUGAGCGCUAUCAAAUAUUCUUUGUACGGGUUUUCCUGCCACUCAGGAACACUCGAUGCUGGUCACUAUGUAGCCUACUGUAAAAAUAUUCGCACUGAUGAAUGGUUUGAAUUCAACGACUCAGAGGUAAUCCCUGUUUCCACAUCAGAGGUUCUUAGGAAGCAACCCUACUUACUUUUCUACCAACAAAUUGGCUCAGCUUCAGAGGUUUAUCAUGUUUGAACCGAUUCCUAAAAUGAAGAUAUGCAACUCACUAUUCAAAAACUGUUUGACUUACACGUUUUCAGCAAGUACAUUCUAGGACUCAGUCUUUUCUUUUUUUUGUCCUGUCCUAAUCUAUUAAUCGGAACUAUUCCUGUUUUAGGAAACCUUUUUUUUUCAUUUAUUUACUUGUAUUUUAAUGCACUGCUUGUUUUUGAGGAGUGUACUCAUGUAAUUUAUUAUAUUUAUUAUUUACCUAAGUAUUUCGUUACCAUGAUGAUGAUAAUGCAAGUAUUGUGAUCUUUGAUCAAACAAUUUGAUCAAAUCGGUUUAGGCAACCUUCAGUGAGGUUUGAUUCUUCAUUCACUGAAGACGUUAUCGGUAGGAAAUUUGUACUCUGAUGUCAGGCUUUGUAGGUUGCUCCACCUCUGUAGCCUAUCAGUGAAUUAUCUCUUUUCAAUCUUGAAUCACUAAAGAUUGUUGACAGCUGAUCAUUUAUUUUAGAACCAACGGCAA